AUGGCUACUACGACUGUCUCAAUUACGGAGCAGCCCAGCGCUGCAAUCAAGACCAUUGAUAAUGGCAGAAUGAAGAUGGAUGGCCAGGACCCGUCCUACGGCGAUUGGCGUGAUGACCUUCUCAGAGACGGAUUCGCCGUGAUCAAGGCUGCUAUCCCAAGAGAGCGCGCCGACGGCUAUGCGGACAAGAUGUACGGGCUUCUGGAGUCAUUCGGCCUUGGCUAUGAUCGAAACGAUCCAUCGACCGUUCAUCCCGACAAGCUGCCGGUCAUCAAUGAAAAGGGUAUGCUGAUGGCCUACGGGGCCUGCCACGAAGACUUUGUCUGGGAUAUCCGCAGUGAACCCGGCGUAGUUGGUGCAUUUGAGAAGGUCUACGGCACUGAGGACCUCCUUGUCUCCUUCGAUGUCAUCAACUAUGGCUUCGCGAAUCGCACAAACCUUCCCGAAAACAAGCCCUGGCCCCAUCAAGAUCAAGACCCUGAGAAGCCUGGAUUCCGCUGCCUUCAAGGUCUCGUCAACCUCCACCCCUGCGGCCCCGAUGAUGGUGGUCUCAUCGUCUGUAAGGGCUCUCACAAUCUGAGUGCACAGUUCCACAAAGACCUCAAGGACGAGCCGCGUAUCCCAGCCUGGACCAAAGAGUGGUAUGGCUUCACUGAUCGCGGCAUGGAAUGGCUGAAGGAGCACGGCGGAGAGUGGAUCAAGGUUUGCGCUGACCCUGGUGACUUGAUUGUCUGGGAUUCGCGCACUGCGCACUACAAUGUCCCCGUCAAGGGGAAGAUUGAUCGAAUGGCUGUGUACACUUGCUUCAUGCCUGUCACAGAUGCUACCCAAGAAGAUCUUGUGCGAAAGAAAGCCGCAUAUGACUCUCGACUGGGUACCACCCAUUGGCCCAACGCUCGUCACACGGGGUCCAACACCGCCACCCGAAAUGGAAAGCCAGACCACAUUGUUAGGGAGAGUCCAUUGAACGACAAGAAGUUGAACGAUCGCUUCAACAUGGGCGAGAUAGACAACAAGAUCACCGAAGAAAGGGUGGAGUCCGCCUCUGACUUCCCCCAGAAGCCUCAACUCGACGAUGGCAGCUUCAAGGCAAAUGUACAACUUGCCGACGGAGAUGUUACCUAUCUUAUCCCAACGCCAAGUUCGGAUCCACGCGAUCCCCUCAACUUAAGCCCACUUCGAAAAUGGAUAAUUACGAUGACUUGUGCGACUUUUGCUGCUGUUGGUCUCGUCCAAGUCUCCGGCCUUGGAGCUCUUCUCGGAGAGUUUAUCCCUGAAUAUGCAGCCGAAGGCAGAGGAUAUGACGAUAUUUCCCAUCUCAUGACUUAUCCCUCCUUGUUUAUGGGACUUGGAAACCUCAUUGGAAUGCCUCUUGCACUUGCAGUAGGCCGUCGUCCGGUUUUCCUCGGGUCUUGUGCCUUGGCCGUCAUAGGUUCCAUCCUCUGCGGUGUUCAGAAAGGCUAUACCUCUCACCUCGUUGCUCGUAUGGUCCUUGGCCUGGCAGCUGGUCAGAGUGAAGCUCUCUGCCCGCUAAUGGUACAAGAGGUUCACUUUCUUCACGAGCGUGCCCGGUGUCUCAUGUGGUUCACGCUUUGGCAGUCAACUCUCAGCGCUGUCUACCCCCUUCUUACUUCCUACAUAGCCGCUGGCAUUGGGUCGUCUGGCUGGUACUUCCUGGGCUCAGGUUUUGCCGCCAUCACUUUCAUCUUUGCGGUCUUCAUGGUACCUGAGACAAAGUAUGACCGGCCGCUGGCAGCAUACCAAGGCCAGACUGCCCAGGUCUCGCACUUUGUCACAACUGCUAGUCCUGGAGUCGACGACACCACUGGAGUGUAUACGGAGAUGCUGACCCGUAAGACUACCACGGAACCCCGUCAGCUUGACUUCGUCAACUUCAAGCCUCGCACCUUCGCGUCCGACCUCCGUCUUUUCACCCAAAAGGCCGAUUGGAAAGAAGGUUGGCAAUGCUGCACUGGCAUGGCUCUCGUUACCUUCUUUCCUGACAUGAUGUGGGCACUUCUGCUCAAUGGCCUGACGAUCGGCGUCAACAUCGCUCUUGGUACCACCUAUGGCGGGAUCCUGCAGAAUGCCCCCUACAACUGGAAAUCAUCAGUCGUCAGUUUCGCCCUGACCGGUCAAAUUGUCGUCGCAUUCCUUGCCUUGCCACUUCUGGGUCGAGGAUCAGACUGGGUCAUUAAGUUCUUCGCUCGAAGGAACGGCGGUGUUCACAAAGCAGAAUACCGACUGAUCCCUCUCAUCAUUCCCGUCAUUGUCGGUACGCUCGCGGCCGUGAUCUACGGCCAGGCAGCUGAGCACCCCGAUAGAUAUCACUGGUUUGCCAUUGUGUUCGCUCUUAAUGCCUACUACUUCGGAUUUGUCGGAGCAAACCAAGUCGGUAUCACCUAUGCUCUCGAUGCGUACCCGACGCGGUCUGGCCCGGUGCUGGUCAUCAUCUGCGCUAUGCGCGGCGUCAUCUCUUUCGGAACGAGCUAUGGAGUGACACCUUUCAUCGCCUCAAUGGGAUACGAUGGUGCAUUCGGUAUUUAUGGAGCUCUUACGGCAGGUAUCGGCGCUGCUGGAAUCUUUGUCUUCAUCUGGGGCACCCAGAUCAGAGAAAUGGUCUCGAAGUGGUCCAUUGCAAACACCACGACAACCCCUUCAUACAAUCAUUAG